AUGAUCACAUCGCCCACGGUGUCUGUCCUGAGACAUAGCACCAAUCCAGCGUGGGAGAGCCGCUCCUCGUCCGGGGAGAGAGGCGCACCGAGCCCCGCCAGCCGUCCGUACUCGCACCGCAACAACACCGCCUUCUCUCCCGCAGACCCGCUCCGUCAAGCCGGUCGUCUGCCCAUCAAGCUGCUGAAAAUGCUCACGGCCCGGGCGGGACACAUUAUGCACCCGGAGUAUCUCCAGCCGCUGCCGUCCACCCCGAUCAGCCCCAUCGAGCUGGAUGCCAAGAAAAGUCCACUGGCGCUUUUGGCCCAAACGUGCUCCCAAAUCGGCAAGCCGGACCCUCCGGCUUCGUCCAAGCUCUCCUCCGUGGCCUCCGGCGGUGACAAGGACAGCAAGGGCGGGCCUCUGAAGAUCAGCGACAUCGGCGGUGACGACAAGUCGAGCUUCAAGCCGUACGCGAAGUCGUCGUCGGACACCAAAAAGGAGUCGAGCCAAAGUGGAGAUAAGAACGGUUUCCGGGUGCCGAGCGCCACCUGCCCGCCAUUCACGCCCAGGACAGGCAGCCCCAGCGCGAGCCCUGGCUCUUGCGCUUCCGCCUCUGCCUCGCCGCUGCCGUGCGAGGGCAAAGCGGCAGACAAGGACGACAAAAAGGAGUGCGAGCGCAAUAAAAACACGUCCUCGCCGGAGAGUAACGUCAGCCACAGGACAAGUGGAAUUAGCCCCGAUGGCAGCCAGGAGGGCACCCCCGGCUCCAAGGCCGUCACGUCGGACUCGCCGUCCGUCACCUCUUCGGUGCUCGGCUCCGGGCUUGUGGUGGCACCCGUUUCCCCGUACAAGCCCGGCCACACGGUGUUCCCCCUGCCGCCUGCUGGCAUUUCAUACCCCGGGACUUUAGCAGGUGCUUAUGCUGGUUAUCCUCAGCCGUUCCUGCCUCACGGCAUGAGCCUGGAGCACGCCAAGUCAAGCAGUCAGCUCCUGAGCGCGCAGUUCGCGGCGUGCAGCAAGGCCGGAACGAGCCCCCUGGCCGGGGCGUCCCCUCCCUCUCUCAUGUCCGCCAGCUUGUGUCGGGACCCAUACUGCCUCAGUUACCACUGCACCAGCCAUUUGUCGGCGGCCUCGGGCGCCAACUGCGCACACGACGCCGCCUCUGCCCUCAAAUCUGGAUACCCCCUCAUGUACUCUGCGCACCCGCUGCACGGCGUGCCUUCCUCGACGCCGUCAUUCGGCGGACACCCGCUUUAUCCUUACGGCUUCGUGCUGCCAAACGACCCGCUGCCGCACGUCUGCAACUGGGUGUCGGCGAACGGCGCGUGCGAUAAGCGCUUCUCCAGCUCCGAGGAGCUGCUUGGCCACCUGCGGACUCAUACGGCCUUCGCGGCCGGCUCGGAGAAGCUGCUCGCCGGAUACCCGGGCUCGUCAUCGCUGGCCGCCGCCAUGGCCUGCCACAUGCACAUGCCCUCCAGCGGCAGCCCCGCCAGCCCCGGCGCCCUCGCCCUGCGCGGCCCGCAUCACCCGCUCGGACUCGGCAGCCGUUAUCACCCGUACUCCAAGAGCCCCCUGCCAGCCCCGGGAGCCCCGGUGCCGGUGCCUGCGGCCACCGGACCUUAUUACUCCCCGUACGCCUUGUAUGGACAAAGACUGACCACAGCAUCGGCUUUGGGCUACCAGUAG